AUGCUCCGCAUCGUCACCCAAGUCGAUAUCAACACCGCCGAACAUCAGAUCGUCGACCUCGUCUAUCAAUUUCCAGCAGUUCUCUUACCCAAGUCACCCCAAACUCUAGAUAUGCCAAUCUCCUCGGCUUCGCUCAAAGAUACCUCACGGCUGAAACAAUGGUGCAUCUUGUUGACACUCUAUCAGCAAACCUCGCUGAAAAUCGGAAUGGCGAAUCAAACAGUCGCGCGAAUACAAGCAACUUUUGGCACCGGGAAUACUAUCCUAGGUGCCAUUAUUGCAGGACUCUUGACUCAGCACAAAAUGGUCACAAAGUCGAACGGCCAAAAAGUCACAAAUGGUCAAAUAGUCACAGCCAACAACGAUGUGGCUUAUUUCACGAAUGCGAUGCUAGCCCUCGAAGAAUUCGGCAGGUUCGACCUUAUGAUACAUUUCGGAAUUGGCAUUCUUCGAUGA